ACUAUUCACGCCUUCCUUCACCGCCUCAAUCUAUUCAAGGUACUGGAGUAGGACUGGACUGGUCUAUUCGUAUAUUGUACAAAUCGACUCGCUAGGUUUGGUCGGCUCACCGACACCUCUCAGUCCGGUCCCGUCCCAAGAGACAAGACAAGAAAAACGCACGCACACACUCUCUCUGUUCCCUUGUUAUUAUCGUUACCCUGUCGACUCGCAGUCCGAUUUAGUGUCGGGACCGGGGCCGCACAAGAAACUGCCACAUCUACCUUUCUUCGUACGGAGAAGAAUUGUCGUUCCCCCUAUUUUUUUCCUCUCUCAACAUCCCUAUUCUGCUUUUUUAUUAUUAUCAUCGUCUGUCCUCUUUCUCUUUUGAAUCAGGUGUGAUUCUUGCAUCAAGCGGUCAGUCACUCCGAAUUCCUUUCCAUAUUCAUACCUUGCUGUGUGUAUAUUCCGUCACAUCUCCUCGAUCAAGUGCCGGACUUUUUUAUUUCCUGACAAGGUUGCUUAUUUGCUCCUGUCAGAUUGUCGUUGACCGCCAUCUCAAACCCACGUAACCAAAAAAAACACAGUCCACUAUGGCUACCAAGGCUGAUAUCCGCCUCGACGGCAAGGUCGCUCUCAUCACUGGAGCUGGCCGUGGUCUUGGUGCAGGCCUCGCCAAGAUGCUGUCUGAGCGUGGCUGUUCUGUCAUCCUCAACUAUGCCACCUCGGCCAAGGCUGCUUUGGCUACCGUCGCCGAGAUCGAAAAGGCCGGUGGCAAGGCUGUCGCCAUCCAGGCCAACGUCACCAAGGUGCCCGAGGUCGAGAAGAUGUUCGAGGAAGCCAUGAAGGCCUUUGGCAAGCUCGACAUCGUUAUCAACAAUGCCGGCAUGGAGCAUUUCGGCAAGACCCAAGACGUCACCGAGGAGGAGUUCGAUGCCGUCUUUGGCCUCAACACCCGUGCUCAGUUCUUCGUUUCGUCACGUGCUCUGAGAUAUCUGAGUGAUGGUGGCCGUAUCAUCUUCAUGUCUUCGAUCGCCGCUAGCCUCAGCGUCGCCAACCACGCUCUGUACUGCGCUUCCAAGUCCGCCAACGAAGGUCUCGCUCGAUCAUUCGCCGCCGACGGUGGCCCAAGACGCAUUACCUGCAACGCCAUCGCCCCUGGUGGUAUCAAGACCGACAUGUUCGCCCAGAACGCAUGGCACUACUCCCCGGGUGCCACCAAGGACACCCCUAUUGAGGAAAUCGAGGCCGGUAUCGCCAAGCUCAUCCCGCUCAACCGAUGUGCUGUGCCAGAUGAUAUUGCCAAGGUCGUCAUGUUCUUGUGCCACGAUGACAGCGAAUGGGUCACCGGCCAAACGAUUCGUUUGACUGGUGGCAGCACCAUCGCUUAAGCAGCUUUCCCUCACCUAGAGAAGGGUUCACAUUCCGCCUUUGACUUCGCCACUCUGAGCGUGGACUUUUCGAGAACUCACACUGGACUGUUCUUGUUGGCUAUUUUCCAAAAAAUGCAUGCUUUGACGAGAAUUCUAGAAAAAGUUUUGGGAGCGUGAGAAAUCAAUCAGUUCACCGUUUCGAUGGGGCUUCGCUUGGAAAGAAAAGGGGAGAAGGAGCUCUGCAAAGAAAGCAACGAUGACGAAGGACCCUUUACAUGAUGAUCUAUUUCGGAUAUAUACGACAGACAUGAAAAGGGAACAAAUUUCAGGGUUUUAUGACCAACUAGAUAGGUUUUCUUGGAUCGAGAUAACAAAUAUCAGUAUCCCGUGAUUCCUUGAGUGCCC